AUGACAGUAUAUAUUAAUGAGUUAUGUGAUAUGGUACCAACAUGUAGUACAUUAGCUAGAAAACCAGAUAAACUAACCAUACUACGCAUGGCAGUGUCUCAUAUGAAGACACUUCGAGGGACUGGUAAUACUAUGCAAGAUGGACAAUACAGACCUUCAUUUCUGACAGAUCAAGAGUUGAAACAUCUUAUUUUAGAGUCAGCUGAUGGGUUUUUAUUUGUAGUACAAUGUGAUACAGGACGUAUUAUUUAUGUAUCUGAUUCAGUUACACCAGUUCUUAAUCAAACACAGUCUGAUUGGUUUGGUAAUGUAUUAUAUGAAUUGGUUCAUCCUGAUGAUAUAGAGAAAGUAAGAGAACAAUUAUCUACAACAGAAUCUCAAAAUACAGGACGUAUACUGGACCUAAAAACUGGUACAGUUAAGAAAGAAGGACAUCAAUCUUCCAUUAGACUAUGUAUGGGAUCAAGAAGAGGGUUUAUAUGUCGUAUGAGAAUGGGUAAUGCUCAUGUUGAUCCUGUAACAGCAACUCAUACUGUACGUAUUAGACAGCGUCAAACACUAGGUCCUUCACCUGAUGGUAACCAUUAUUCUGUGGUACAUGUUACUGGUUAUGUUAAAAACUGGCCACCAUCAGGUGUACAGAUGGAUCGUAAUGAGGGUGAUGAACAAGGUGGUAGUCAUUGUUGUCUUGUAGCUAUAGGUCGACUACAAGUUACAUCAACACCCAACUGUAGCGAUUUAAUGGGACCCAACUCAGCUACAGAAUUUAUCUCUAGACAUAGUACUGAUGGUAAAUUUACAUUUGUUGAUCAGAGAGUGACACCAGUAUUAGGUUAUCAACCACAAGACUUACUCGGAAAACCUGCCUUUGAUUUCUACCAUCCUGAAGACUUGGCUCAUAUGAAAGAAACUUUUGAUCAAGUUCUAAAGUUGAAAGGUCAAGUGAUGUCAAUCAUGUAUCGUUUCCGUGCCUCUAACCGUGAAUGGGUGUGGCUACGUACCAGUAGCUUCAGUUUUCAGAAUCCUUAUACAGAUGAAGUUGAGUACAUUGUGUGUACUAACACGUCAGCAAAGUAG